CUGCCAGCAGCUGAGCACUUCCGCCGGGGGUCAGGUUUCGCCUCUCUCCGUCAUUCGGCAUUUAAAUUGGGCUGCAGGACAUCAGCUGCUGCCCCACUCAGCUUUGCUGCGUGAUAGAAAAAAAAAAUAACGCCUAGCGCCAGCAGAAACAUUUGGCUUUUAAUUUAUUUUUUUUUGCCUCGGAAGCAGCAGAAUUACCUGCAGACCCUGAAGAGGUUCGGGUUGUUUUGGAGCAGAAGAGCUGGAGAAGCUGAACAAUAACGGUGGAUGCACACUGACAGACAGCCACAUCAUUUCUGGGACUAACUAUUGGAUCAGACUGAAUAGCGGUAACGGUGCGCUGUGCCGGAGUAGAAUAAAUACGUUUUUCCAAGUGGAGUUUGUUUACUGAUGCAGAUUAGUAAACAACAACAACAACAACAAACUCAUUCAAAGCAGUGUUGGGUAGCAUUAGUGGCCUGGAGCUGGAAGGACCAAUGAGACCGAUCAGGGAGCGCGUUUGAAUUGUAAUAAAUAGAUAAGCUGUGUAAUUGAUUUUAGUUGUAGCACAAAAUGAAAUAACCUCCAGAUUAUUUCAUCAACUUUAUUCAGUGCAGGUUAAACGUUGACAUUUAAUUUGCUUGAUCACUUUGUGACAUAAAUUAACUUAGCAUAAUAUUUUUGUUAGUAUUGGUUUUGUCCAUUUUUUUUUAGAUUUUUCUGUACAAAAAAACAGAUCUGUCUUUUUUAUUUUUGGUCAUAUAUUCAAAAACAUCUCCCUACACUUCAUGUCUGAACCUGCAUGUCAGGAAAAAGCUGAACACGCUGACCUAUCCCGCUGAUCUUCAAGUUAUUUUUUUUUAUUAUUUUUGGCUUUCCCCCCUCCACCCUCACCCUAAAAGUUUGUGAAUUAGUCCAACAGUAGGAAAACUGCAGCAAUGUUCAGCUGGCUUGGAACCGAUGACCGGAGGAAGAAGGAGCCAGAAGUUUUUCAGACGGUCAGUGAUGGACUGAAAAAACUCUACAAGACCAAACUCCUGCCGCUGGAGGAGAGCUACAAGUUCCACGAGUUUCACUCUCCGGCACUGGAGGAUGCUGACUUUGACAACAAGCCCAUGGUCCUGCUGGUGGGGCAGUACUCCACUGGAAAGACGAGCUUCAUACGCUACCUGCUGGAGCAGGAUUUUCCCGGAAUGCGCAUUGGCCCAGAGCCCACCACGGAUUCUUUCAUCGCGGUGAUGCACGGCGACACCGAAGGAGUCAUCCCCGGGAACGCUUUGGUGGUCGACCCCAAGAAGCCCUUCAGGAAGCUGAACGCGUUUGGAAACGCUUUCCUGAACAGGUUUGUGUGCGCCCAGCUACCUAACCCUGUGCUGGAAAGCAUUAGUGUGAUUGACACGCCAGGAAUUCUGUCUGGAGAAAAACAGAGAAUAAGUCGGGGCUAUGACUUUGCUGCUGUCCUUGAGUGGUUUGCAGAGCGUGUGGACAGGAUCAUAUUGCUGUUCGAUGCCCACAAACUGGACAUCUCUGACGAGUUCUCGGAAGUGAUAAAGGCCUUAAAGAACCAUGAAGACAAGAUCAGAGUCGUCCUGAACAAGGCGGACCAGAUCGAGACCCAGCAGUUGAUGAGAGUGUACGGUGCCUUGAUGUGGUCACUGGGAAAAAUAGUCAACACACCCGAGGUGAUCCGCGUCUACAUCGGCUCAUUUUGGUCUCACCCGCUGCUGAUCCCUGAUAACAGGAAGCUUUUUGAAGCAGAGGAGCAGGAUUUAUUUAAGGAUAUCCAGUCUUUACCCAGAAAUGCGGCACUUAGAAAACUCAAUGAUUUGAUCAAGAGAGCAAGACUUGCCAAGGUCCACGCCUACAUCAUCAGCUCUCUGAAGAAAGAGAUGCCAUCAGUGUUCGGGAAAGAGAACAAGAAGAAAGAGCUGAUUGCCAGUCUGGGAGACAUUUACAAGCGCAUCGAGAGAGAACAUCAGAUCUCACCUGGAGAUUUCCCUAACCUGAAGAAGAUGCAGGACCAGCUCCAAGGUCAGGACCUCACCAAGUUUCAGCCUCUCAAACCCAAACUUCUAGAGGCAGUCGAUGACAUGCUGGCCACCGACAUUGCUAGCUUGAUGGUGUUGGUUCGCCAAGAGGAAACCCAAAAGCCCAACGCAGUGGUGAAGGGCGGGGCAUUCGACGGCACUCUGGACGGUCCGUUCGGGCACGGAUACGGGGAGGGAGCCGGCGAAGGCAUCGACGAGGCAGAGUGGGUGGUUGCCCGCGACAAACCUGCAUACGACGAGAUUUUCUACACCCUCUCCCCCGUCAACGGAAAGGUGACUGGAGCCAAUGCGAAGAAGGAGAUGGUGAAAUCAAAAUUGCCCAACACAGUGCUGGGAAAGAUCUGGAAGCUGGCAGAUAUCGAUAAGGAUGGGAUGCUGGAUGACGAGGAGUUUGCUUUGGCUAAUCACCUGAUUAAGGUGAAACUGGAGGGACAUGAGCUGCCCUCAGAGCUGCCUGCACACCUGGUGCCUCCUUCCAAGAGGAAAAUACCCGAGUAAAAAAAAAGGAGAAUAGAUUCAUGCCCAGAGAAAACUAACUGGAGGACUUCAACAUAAAAAUGUACAAAUGAAAACAAGACAUCAGUCGUCCAGUUCUGUUGUUUCUGUCAUUCCAAUGUCUUCAAAGCAUUACAACUUCCAUCAAAUUGAAACUACUUAAUAUAAACCGAUUUUUGAACAUUCGUACAAUUUGACAAAAUUGCCGCUUUUGUUGAAUUUAGCCUGCAAAUAUUUGAACAGUCCCAGAAAGCUUUUAUUAGAGCCUAACAAAACAGUUAAAACAGUAGAAUAAAAGUAGGCGUCAAAUAUGUAGGUGCAGUCAAUAGAUAAUAAAAUACAACACUAGAAAAUUUCGGAAGAAAUUUAGCCGGGGCCUGCCAAGGCGCGCCCGUCGGGCA